AUGAAAUGGAGGAAUGGAAUUGGAGGUUUCAGAGACGGAUGUGGCAUGAAACCACAAGUAUACUUCCGGGACAUCGAUUACACAAGGUCGACAACGAUUCAGAUACUGCCAUCGUUAUCGCCAUGUUCUUCGAACACACCCAAUCCUGAAAAGACGAUUACAGGUGAAGAUCUAGCACCAACAGAAACCCAAGCUAAAUCUGAAAACCAACGGGACCAGUCUCAGGCUCACCACAUGGUCCGCGAGAUAUCUGAUAGCACGAAUUCUCUCACAAAUACGUGGAGACCUGCAAUGAAAUUACCAGAGGAGGUUGCUUAUGAAACAAAGUCGAUCAACCGCCAGAGAAUUCUUCUCUCGUAUGCUGGACUCUGGAAAUCGUUUUCUCACAGGGAAUUUGACACAGUGAGUCAGAUAGAUCUCGUGAUGUUGCUUGGAGGCGCAGAUGGACGAUACUUUGCUGCAUGGAUGCGGGAAGCCGAGGAACAAUUUCCACGGAAACGGUCGACUGAGAAAGCAAGUUGGGUAUUUGGUGGAAGGUGUGCAAGAAAGGAAUGGAGGAGGCAAAGAAACAUCAUCGCCUGGGCAUUGAUAUGUGUACAUCUCGCCGAGCCGGAGUGGGUGAAAUCCUUCAUUCCUCGAAUUGGACAAAGACCUGUCCUAUUUAGGGAAGUUUGA